GGCAGACAGUGUUGCCGCUACUGGCAGUCUCGACUCGCAGCAAGCCAGUCAACUUUCCAAGAGAAGGGGAUACGUCUAAACGAGAAGAGGAAAAAUGGCCGCUCCUGUUGUCCUGCCGUCCAACGUCAGCCAACCUCGUUUCGAUUACUAUGGCUACGAAGUGAAGAUGAAUGGCUGGAACACUCCGGCCGAUUACCUGAGCUAUGUGGACGAACACUGGCUCAAGUUCGAAGCUCCGAAUCCCAUGAUGCACCAUCUCCUUGGCGUUCUCUAUAUUUUCCUCACCUUCUGCUCUUGCAUCGGGAACGGCUGCGUCAUCUGGAUCUUUUUGACAUCGAAGAGCCUGCGCACGCCAUCCAACAUGCUGAUCGUGAACCUAGCUCUGGCGGACUUUGUGAUGAUGCUGAAGACGCCGGUGUUCAUCAUCAACUCGUUCAACGAAGGACCUGUCAUGGGGAGACUCGGCUGCCAGAUCUAUGGGCUGAUGGGCGCCUACACGGGACCUGGAGCCGCCUGCACCAACGCCGCGAUUGCCUUCGAUCGGUACAGGACCAUCACCAACCCCCUGGAAGGACGCCUGACCAGCGGCCAGGUGACGGCCAUCCUGUUCUUCAUCUACGCCUGGAUCACGCCCUGGGUCCUCAUGCCCUUCCUCGAGAUCUGGAACCGAUUUGUUCCUGAGGGAUACCUGACGAGCUGCACCUUCGACUACAUGAGUGAAGGUUCUAAGUUCUACGUCUUCGGCCUCUGGUUCUGCAUGUGGCUCCUUCCCAUGCUUAUCAUCACUACCUGCUAUUACCUCGUGUAUUCCCACGUCGCCGCCCACGAGAAGUCUCUGAAGAAACAGGCCAGCAAGAUGAACGUGGAUUCCCUUCGAUCUGGCGACAAGACCAACAUGAGGCAGGAGGUACGCGUAGCCAAGGUCGGAGCCACUCUCACCUCGCUCUUCCUUAUCUCGUGGACGCCCUAUGCCGUGGUCGCCUUCACCUGCACCUUCGGGAGGGCGGAUCUGGUCACGCCCUUCGUGUCUAUGAUUCCUGCCUGUACCAGCAAGACUGCGGCCUGUAUUGACCCCUUCGUCUACGCCAUCAACCAUCCCAAGUACCGCAUCGAACUCGGCAAGAAGAUGCCUUGGUUCUGUGUCCACGAGAAGGAGGAAACCAGCGCACCGUCUGAAACUGUCUCCAAGGAAGCACCUGCUAAUGCCUAAGAUUUCUUAAGGAAUAAAAGGGUCUCUCAAAGUGGCUGUGUAUUUGAAAAAAAAAAAAAAAAAAAACGACAGCAUGGCUUUCCACUAAGCGAAACUACUCGACGACAAUAGCCAUGCAUUUUCGUUGUCGAGGAUGAGAAUGAAGAAGCACCGAAAGCUAUGGGGGAAAAAAAAAAGACCACGAGAGAUGAUGAUUAACCUUUAUCUUUGUAAGAUGACGACCGCCUAAAACUGAACCUUUGCCUUCGCUCAUGACCUCACCGAAGAAAGCAAUCGACACAGAACAUCGACUCCAUUUCGGUUGUACCAUCUGAAGAGGAGUCAAUUAGCCUACUCGAAACGUCGAUGCUUAUAAGUCCUUCCUUAAUAUUCCUCGAGCUGUAUUUCGCCUCAUUUACAGACGUUGCUGUAAUGGCGACUGUAUUCGAAGGAGGAUGUUCAAGUAUUUUCGGUGAGAUGAUGUAUCGAGGACAGCUGUUCCUAUGUGGAAACAGUGUAUGUAAAUUAUUUUAUCUGGAAAUCAAUAAUUGAUUUCCUUUUUCUUUUGAUUUCCUACUUUUAUCUUGCCAUUUUUUUGGCGAGGGCAGCCUUAAAAAAAAACGAAACAAAAUAAUGGUUUAGGAUCUAGUUUUCAGACGAAAGAACAUUCGCAGCGACGUGGCGUUUUAAAGGGAAAUAGAGUCCUGUACGUUGGAAUUUUUACCACGCUGGGAAUGAGACACGGGUAGGAAAGCAAAGAUAACGAAAAUAUAAACAUUUAUGAUUAUUUUUGUCAUUUUUUUCAUAAACAUAUUUCUAAAUAGGUUAAAGCACAUCACCUUUCUUUCAGGGUUUAUUAGCGUACGUUUAGCAUCGAAAGCUGUAAUCAAGAGUAAAAAAGUCAAUAUUUUUUUUCGUUAAUAACAAACCUCUCUGAUCAAAGAAACACGCAAAAAAUAUUCCGUAUUCCUAUUAUUCGCUUAUCUGACCCAUACCCUAUCUAAUUAUUUAAAUUCUAGAUAAGUGUUUUAAUAAUUCGUAUGAAAAAAAAAUCGAAAACAUUCUCGCGCCCUCUUAGGUUUUAAGACCGUGACACGCACAUCGCGAGACGACCCUUUGUGAAAAUUAAUAAUCGGAAUUUAUAUAAUUCAUCGUAGUUCCUUCUCCAUAUUACUCUCUCCUUCUCUUCCUUUAUCGUUUCUUCUUCCAUCUACUUGUUCUUUUGUUCCAACUCUCUUUGGCCACAGAGGUUUGACCCGUUUUCUUUCAUAUCUUAUUUAAACACAUGCUUUUUUUUUUUCUUUCUCUCUCUCUCUCUCUCUUCAUGUGUGAUCAGCCGCCCACGCACAUUGGCGUUGUAACUUUUCUAUUAAAAAAAGAACAUUUCUAUUCUUUACUUUAGAGAUUAUUCGAGAAGUUAGGGUAAUAAUGAUUAAUUUACUUCAGUACAGUGUGUUCAAAUGUAACAUAAGACUUGAAUAACAUUUUUUUAUCUUAAUUGUUAUGUUGGUUGUUAUUUUUAACAUUAUUAUUAUGACUAUUAUCAUCAUCUUUAUUAUCAUCGUUAUUUUUGUCAUCUUCCUCAAGUGGCCUCUCUUUCAACUAUUGGAAGUCCUUUGAUAUGUCCUUCUGGCUAUGAAUGUUCUCCAAUGUGGACUUAAUACUAAACCGAAGUAAAGUUGAAUGCAUGAUU